AUGACCAACUCUUUUGUCAUACUGGUGACACUCUCAGUGGUGGUAGCAUUGGCUAGGGCGUCACCAUCCAGGAACCCACAGCAACCACGUUUUAAGCCCACUGGGAAGCUUCCCCAGAGUGGAAAAGGCCCUACACAGCCGCCUCCCAUCCUGGACAGUCCUUACACCACUACCAUCACUCCCAUUUCCUUCAGCAGUCCAGUGACCGAGGAGACCACAGAUACGGUCACGGAUUUAUAUUCGUCUUACACUGACAGCACCACCUUCUCCAGUGACGCUUAUUCUCCUGACUACCACACAGAGGCUUUGUUGCACCAUGGAAUGGGCCCGAGGAACUACACACUGGACUACAACGAGUGCUUCUUCAACUUCUGUGAGUGCUGUCCGCCAGAGAGGGGCCCGCCAGGACCCAACGGAGAAAGGGGUUCGCCAGGUGCUCCAGGGCCAAAGGGAGAAAUGGGGCCUCCAGGACCCACAGGACCAGCAGGUCUUACUGGAGCUCCAGGAUUGCAAGGAGUAAAAGGAGAUCCAGGAAAUGCUGGAGAGAAGGGGAUACCAGGAAUACCGGGUCUUGCCGGGAGACAAGGAGAUAAGGGUGAACUAGGUCCUAAAGGAGAGAAGGGAGAUAUUGGCCUGUCUGGACUAAAAGGUGACCCUGGGGAGAGAGGGGAACCUGGCUUGAAUGGGACCAAGGGAGAGAUGGGUGACCCCGGCAAACAGGGACUACCUGGGCCUGUGGGACUGAACGGUACAAGGGGAGAAAAGGGAGAAAAAGGAGAAGUGGGGAAAAGCACCAUUGGGGAGAAGGGAGAGAAAAGUGAAAAAGGUGAACCUGGUCCACCAGGACAGAAGGGAGACAUGGGCAUAGCAGGACAGAAUGGCACAGAUGGGCAUCCUGGGCCAGUGGGCGAAAAAGGAGACACUGGUCCUUUAGGUCCAAAGGGAGAAAUGGGCAAAAAAGGACCACCUGGAUUACCAGGGCAAAGAGGUAUGCCUGGUAUCAAAGGUAUGCGUGGUAUAAAAGGGGUACGAGGCCUAAGGGGAAUAAAGGGCUCUAAAGGAGAACCUUUCAUCCAAAAGCGGUCAGCAUUUAGCGUAGGACUCUUUCCUAGCAGAUCCUUCCCUCCACCUGGCCACCCUGUGAAAUUCGAUAAGGUCAUCUACAAUGAAGAGGGCCACUGGGACCCCAACAUCAGCAAGUUCAACUGCACUUAUGGAGGGGUCUAUGUGUUUUCUUACUACAUCACUGUUCGUAGUCGUCCAUUACGGGCAGCCUUGAUAGUUAACGGCGUUCGUAAACUGCGGACUCGUGACUCCCUAUACGGCCAGGAUAUUGACCAGGCGUCAAACAUGGCAGUGAUACGACUGUCUUAUGGUGACCAGGUCUGGCUGGAGACGCUGCGAGACUGGAAUGGAAUUUAUUCCAGCAGUGAAGAUGACAGUACCUUCUCUGGGUUCUUACUCUUCGCUGACAGUGACGAAUAACUGAGACCUUUGGAACUACUCAUGUGACCACUGCCUGCUGAAGCGAAACCAAUAAUUUUACUCGAGCCUCACCCUGAAGCCUUAUACAGUUACUAACAGCAGCUGACCAGUUACUAAUAACUAUGUUUCAGACCUUGGCAUCUCAUCUUCAUGUCAGAAUGCAUCGUCAGGGAUGGUUUUCCAGACACAGAAUAAAGUCUUAAACAGAAGUGGAAUGUGUAGUGUUGUUCAUAUGCAUAGAUUUUUGCUUGUACAAUAAA